UCGCUCCACGUGAGGUGCAAAGUACCUGCCUGUCCGGCUUUAAGCUGCUGAUAAUCAAAGGGAAGGGCAAGAUUCAUGCUGUUUACACAGAGCGUUUCCAUUUUCCCUGGAUCACCUACUGCUCUUCAUCUGAAUUUGCUACACAUGAACUCACAGAAGCACAGCCCAUUAGUAGACGCCCCCAGCCCAAAACAGAACAGCGUCUUUCCCUGCUUCUCUCAAUCCCUCGAUCCCUCGCUUUAACUGUUUCACUGGAACUUCAUCUAACAGGUUGUGGUGCAUCUGGAGCCUGUCCCAGGACACUUGGGAAUAAGACAGUGAAUUUGAGUAAAAGCAGAAGGACUGGAAACCCCACAGAUGACAUGCAGCCUCAGAGGACGGUGGUAUGUGACCAUCUUAAUGGCUCACGGAUCGUUUUCUCAGAUGAAAGUCGGCCAGGAAAUGCUCUGUCCCCAGACAUGACCCAGGAAGUAGUUGUGAUCUCGUCUGGUCUCCCUGAACAUCCUCCGACCCCAUACUAUAGGACCGCUGCUGCUGCUGCUGCUUCGGCUCCUCAGCACAACGUUGCAGAGGUAAAUGGAGGUGCAGUCAACAUACCCAGUUUCGGAUCCUACUACGGACCACAUGACGGAUUAGCCAACGGUGGGCCACACUCUACUACUCUGCCUCGCACUUCCAUCAGCAGAGAAGAGAGGCUCAUCAAGUUCUCUGGGAUCGGCCCUGUGGAUGAAACAGGCAUGCCAAUUGCUUCCCGAUCUAGUGUGAACAAACCUAAGGACUGGUACAGAAGCAUGUUUCGACAAAUCCACAAGAAACCAGAGGAGCCAGAAAUCGACUGGCAAGAAAGGAGGUUGAAUACAGCUCCAGCUGCAGAUUCGGCUCCGGAGGACGGACACCAAACUGGAACCGAUCCCUUCACCCUGACGCAGCAUGGAGCACUGCCUGACUGGGCUGAUCUGGGUGAUGUAGUCAAGAUUCCAGAGCCAAAGAGCAUUUUCGACUUCGAGCCAGGACAAGGAGGUACAGCGGAGGAACGUGUGCAGUUACCAAGGAAACCGCUAGUGCACCACCCUUCUGAGAGAGCCCACUCCCCCUCCAUAGAAGCCACUCUGGUGUCGGAACUGAACCGCUUCGAGGCGGAGUUGGACUCAGACAUCCGUGGCCUGGAGAGGAAGCUGUCUCAGAAGAAGCAGCAGCAGCCACAGCGGCAAGGCAGGGGUGAGGGUGAAAAGAACAACACUACAACAGCAGCAACAUCUGGGAAAGGACAAGAAUACAGCUACCUGAUUGGAGAAAAGGACCCCAGGACAAGAGAAAGAAGAAGUGCCCCACCAAGCCAUCCUACAAGCCCUUGCGCUGGCGUUCAGCAAGACAAAGCACCUAGCAUCACACGUGCUAAUGGUAAGAUGUGACUCUUUCCAUUCUGCUUUGCUUUUUUUCUUUAAUCUUCAAUAUCAUCCAGCCAGAAAUAAACAGGAUUAAACUCCGAUCCAUUUCUUCUUGAUUUGGGUUCGUACCAAUGGAUUUGAAGUCACAUGAUGAUGACAGCGUUGAAGCUUUUUAGUUGACAUUUAGUAAUCAAAGGCAUCUUUCAUCUUAACAGCUUAGGAGGAUACAGUCAUGUUAUCGAGACCUGUUUCAUGUUGAUGAUCUGUUCAUGUUUAUGCAAAUCCUAAAUAAUCCAUUUUGGGAAUCUUCCAUGCUAAAGCUGUGUAUCUUUUUGAAAUCCAGUUUGUUGUACAGAAUCAAACAACAACAAAUUUGUCUCUUCCUAAUUGCUUACAGAUUGUCCUGCAUUUAAGAUAUCCAGGUCUUUUUUACGAACGUUUCCACCGCUAAUUUGUUUCCAGGAACCCGGAAAUAGACUUCUGCCCCUUUAUUGUUUCGGGUUUCCUUACUUCAGGGUGGUAUCUGAUUAACAUGGAUACAAACAGAGCUCUUUAUAAAGCAGAGGGAGAGAGAGAGAGAGAGAGAGA